GGGCGGUAUCACGUGGGUGGUGACGUCGGCAGGCCUGCGCGCAGCCGUGACCGGUGUAAAGAAGAUGGUGCUCAUCAAGGAAUAUCGUGUGGUCUUGCCGUGCUCGGUGGAAGAGUAUCAAGUCGGGCAGCUUUUCUCGGUGGCUGAGGCCAGUAAAAACGAGACGGGUGGAGGAGAAGGCAUUGAAGUGCUCAAGAAUGAACCCUAUGAGAAGGAAGGCGAGAAGGGACAAUACACACACAAAAUCUACCACUUAAAGAGUAAAGUGCCAGGCUUUGUGAAGAUGAUCGCACCAGAGGGGGCGUUAGUUUUCCACGAAAAGGCCUGGAAUGCUUAUCCAUACUGCCGCACGAUUGUGACUAAUGAAUACAUGAAAGAUGACUUCAUGAUUAAAAUUGAAACAUGGCACAAACCUGACACGGGCUCUUUAGAGAAUGUACAUGAUCUGGAUCCCACCACAUGGAAGACGGUGGAAGUCGUGCAUAUCGAUAUAGCCGAUCGGUCUCAGGUUGAACCUGGAGAUUAUAAACUGGCAGAGGACCCAGCAAUCUUUCAUUCAGAAAAAACAGGCCGUGGACCUUUGGGACCGGACUGGAAGAAAGAGCUCUUGGCUAAGCCGGACGCCCCUCGUAUGUGUGCGUACAAACUAGUCACCGUCAAGUUCAAGUGGUGGGGCCUGCAAACCAAAAUAGAAAACUUCAUCCACAAGCAAGAGAAGAGAAUCUUCACCAACUUUCACCGUCAGCUCUUCUGUUGGAUUGACAGCUGGGUGGAGCUCACCAUGGAGGACAUCCGCCGGAUGGAGGAGGAGACGCAGCGAGAGCUGGAAGAGCUUCGUAAAACUGGUCAGGUUCGAGGCACCAGUGCUGCUCACGAACAAUGAGGCUAAACUUCAAGAAUCCAACCACGAUGACACUUGAUGAAAGACAUCUCCACAUCCAUCCAAACCGGCCAGUAGCUGCGCCGUCCUCCACCAGCAGACCGCAGAAUGACACAGUGAUCAGUAGUACUGUACUCACACACCUGCCGACAGACUGGACCUGCAUUUAGAUCAUGCAGGUUGAUCCUGCGAAACAUCAGAUUAUUGCUGUAUGGUUGUGUUAUUCCAUUUCAGAAACAAAACGACUUAAUUCUGGCAGGCAUUGGACCAAUUCUUUGUGUUUUUGUCUAAUUUUAUCUGUUUGUAAUGGUUCAGAUCUUUAUUUUUUUCUUGUCUGUGUUUAGUCUUUCCCCCAGAUGAAGCACUUCUUUUGGUUCCUUUAAAAUCCUAAUCACGUUUUAAUUAGUAGACUGUCAUUUCGUAUCAGCGUAGCCCUGCCUUCCUAAGGAAAAAUUUGUGAUGCUACUGCACGGAAUGCACAUUUGUGCAAGAACACAUGUCCACCUCGCAAAACCUUCGCCGCGAGUGGCUUUUGCAUGAGCUCAGGCAUGUUUUUGAGAGGGUCUUCAUGUUCGUGUGACGUAACCCCUCAGGACUCUUCAGGUUCUCCUCACCAAAAUCCAGAGUAACUACCAGAGCAAAUCGCCAUUGCUGCUGCUUUUUCUUAUUUUUAGAGUCGUCUUAGGACAGGCAAAGUGCUUUUAUAUUGCUAAUCUACCUGUAACGCUCUCAGGGUUCCCACGGUCUUGGAAAAUCCUGGAGAUAUCAGGGAAAAAUUGUGAUUUCCAGGCGCGGAAAAGUCUCAGUUCAUUACAAGUGUGCAUACAUAAAGCAGUUUCCCUUAGCAAAUUAUAACAAUUUUUUUUUUUAAAUCGUCAUUUCACUAUUAAAGCUGCAAUGCAUGCAAACCAUGUCGACGUUUAAAAGCAGAAGUGUGAUGAUUCUUGUUUAAUCUAUGAAGUCAUAAAUCUAAAUAGCCAUUUCUGAGGUAUAACACCUCUGCUUACUGACAGGCGAACAGUGACUCCUUUCUGGAAUCCUUGCGCAUAUUAUGCAAAUGUUACUGGCGUUCUCAUGACAACAGAUUUAAAUUCGGUGGCACUGGCAGUAAGAGAUUCCAGUGCACAAGUCUCAUGGUUUUACUGUGCACUUGAAUCUUUAUCUUGACCAGCCCUAACAAAAACGGACAACCUGAAAUUUUCUACAAUCGACAUGCUGUCCCCAAAGCUUUUCUUUAAUGAAAUCAUAAAGCAUAAAUUGAUAUAUUUAUAUAGUGAAUAUUGCAUUAUCUGUAAAAUGAUGGAUCAGAACGUGCAGGAACGCUGAGUUCUGCGCCUGAAGGAGUGUGUAGAUGCCUCAGCAGACGCUUAGGGUAAAGAGGACAGCUUUAUAAACACAUUUUAAAGAGCUUGAUAUUUGUAUAGUUUCUAUAUCGUACCAGGUCAGAGUAUCGGGAUGUGCAGGUGGAAUAAUUCUACUUCCUGUGCUCCUCGUCUCUGGCCUUCCUGCACCAGCUCAGAUCAUCCAGCCUUGCAAAAAGAGUCUGCUGUUUGUGCAAGGCUGUUUUAUCUUCUCGUUUAUAAGUAACCGGUUUUUGACGUGUAUGGUUCUCUGUGCCGGUCGAGAGGAUUUGAUCGUGCAUUAGUUUUUAUAGGUGGGCUUUCAUGGACAGCUGAUGGUUGGAGUUUGCACAGUUGCUUGCAGACCAGAGCCUGAUGUCCGCACUGUGAUUGUCUAGUUAGAAUUGCACAUUUGUGAUCAUUUUCAAGCCUGAAUGUGGCGUACAGCACGUUUCUUCUCGGUUUUGGUGUGUUCACGUCCCUCUCAUUUCAAGGUCCCCGAAUGUUCACACAUUUCAUGCAAGCCGCCGGGUUCGGCCUCAGCAGCAAUCAAGGCGACGUUGUCACGUACCUGUGUUCCUCUUCUCAGAUCCGGAUGGGAGGAAGUCAGGUUUAGAUGCGUUUUUUUUUUUUUUCAUGUUUUCUAGAUCAUAAUGAGCAACCAGUGCACUGACAUCUGUUCUGACAUACUGUCUCGAGUCUCACGGAUCGUGUGGUUUACCUUUGGGCAAGGGUUUCAGAUACAUUGAAUGAAUCCUAUUUUAAUAAAAGCAUAACUGCGCACUUGGAGAA